CGUCCCACAUACUAGCUUCGAAGUUGAAACUAUGUGUCCGCUACACAAGCUAGAACUUAGGAAUCAAAAGCAGUUAGGUUUUUAGUUUACAGAUAGAAAUGGCAAGACAAGUAGGGGUCAUGGAGACAGAGAACAUCGAAGCUAUAAUUACCAGAAUUGAACAUAAAUCUCGAAAGAUUGAAAGCUUACUUAAACAAUUGAAACCAGUUGAGGCACUUAAAACGGCUCUUGAAGGAUCACCUCCAAAGACUAGAGAUGAAAGAUGCAAGUCCGCAAAUUGGAUUGUGGUUCAUAGAGCAUUGAUGGCUAUAAAAGAUGUAGAUGGAAUGUUUUCUUCUUUGGAUCCUGAGUAUUAUGACAUUCUUAUGAAGUAUCUGUAUAGAGGAUUAUCUACAGGAGACCGUCUCAUAUGCGAUCAAUGCCUCAGGAUCCAUGAAAAGCUUACGGAAAGGGCAGGUUUAGGAUGCAUUCUCCGGUGCCUUGCCGACACUGUAAACACAGUAUGAUACCCACUUUCAUCGACUCUUGCAGACGAAUUUGUAGAUAAUUGAACCCAAAUUUUGUAAGAGCAUCCUCCUUGAUGUAUGUUGUACUAAAAACUUUGCUAAAACCAGCUUGCAACUAUGUACGAUCAGAUGAAUCUACCCUUGAAGCAUGAAAACACAUGAUUACUUGGUAUCUUUUUAUGGAAUAUGCAUCGUUUUCCUCACAAA